AUUUCACUUCUGUUGUAUUUAUGCCAGCAUUGGAGUUGUUUUUCUUGGGCAUGGCUGAGAGUAUCCUGAACACUCCUGACUUGAAGGAUCUAGAAGAAGAAGAACUGUGGGAUCUUAUCGACGAUAAUCGCCAUGCCAUCUCUCUCGGCGUCCGUCCCUGUGUUCUCAUCCCUUACCUGCGCCAGGCACGAGUCCUCACAAACCUGGAUGAGGAUGAGAUUUUUACCAGUACCCGUUUCACCAACCGCUGCAUGAGGACCAGUCAUAUGCUUGACAUGUUACGUGUACAGGGUCGUAAUGGAGCAAUGGCUCUGCUCGAAAGUCUGAUGAUUCAUUACCCAACUCUCUACACACAGAUCACUGGUCGCGAGCCCAGCAUUGAGCCUUCAGGCUUCAGUGGCCUGAUAAAUUACACUGAGCUGACAGAGUACCUAGUUAGUGCGGUGAGCAGUAUGCAGGCAGAGCUACAAGUGGCACGGCAAGAGACUUUGCGGCUGCAAGCUCGAUGCUGUGAGCUGGAGGGGAAACUUAAACAGGUCCAACAAAAUAACGAAGAGUUCAGCCAGAUGCAACAAGAGCAUGGACAACUGCGCAGUCACCUAGAUGGUUUAAACAGGGAACUGCUCAAACUGAAGGAUGAGAAAUGUGAUCUUUAUAUCAGAUAUACUUCAGUUCUUGAGGAGAAGUCUGCAACCAUCAUACGCAACAGAGACCUGCAACUGGAGAUUUACCAGCUGCAGUGUGAGUUGAGGAAGGCACAGAAAGAGACAGAUUUUCAGAGCCGGCGUUCCUUAAAGAAUCCCAGUGACACACAAAAGCUCAAAGAUGAACUCAAAGCUGUACGCACAAAGCUACUGGAGACUGAGAUAUUCUCUCCGGUACAGCAGGAUAUCCUUGAGAAUGAUUUAAAGGAGACAGAGACGAGGCGUUCAGAACUUGCUGAGGAUGUCACUAAACUAAGUGAGGAGAAUGAACGACUCCAGCAAGAGAAAGAGGAGCUCAUAGAAGAGAAGGACUAUUUAGCCCUGGAAGUGGAGAAGUUGACUGUGGACUGUGAGAUGUACAAGCACAGGAGCACACUGUUCCAGAGUCAGCUAGAAGAGGUGCAGGCAGAGAGAGAUAAGGCAUAUUUGUCCCGUGAUGAGGCCCAGGUUCAGAUCGCACGGAGUCUUGCAGAGAAGGACAUGCUCAGAGGCCAACUAAUGGAGCUACAGGAGAAGGUUUUCACCAUGAAAGCCUGUAGCAGGGAAAGAGAAAGAAGAGAAAAAUCCAGGGACAGGAAGAUCAGUUGUGAGAGCAGCGAGGACCCUCCUUCCAGCCCCACACACAGAAAACGGCUGUGUCGCUUGAAAGCAAUCCUUCCUGAGUCUUUCAGCUCAUUUGAGCUCAAUGAUGAAGUAAUCAACAGUAUCAAUUCCAAUCAAGUGGAGCCCCCCUGUUCUGAAUCUCUUCGUAGACGAGAGUUACACUUUCCAGAUGUGACACACUCCAGAAGUGACAUGGAAGACAUUUACAGCAGUCAGGAGCUGACCGAUGACUCUUUUGAUUAUGUUGUCAUUCCUACAGGAAAUAAUUUGAACGAGUCAAAAUCUACCACAUCACUUCACAAGAGAAUCCCUACUGACAGUGUCUCAAGAGCAUCAGCUCCUCCCUUCCUAAUGCGCUCCAGACCUCAGGCCCUGCGUGUCACUGGUCGCGCACUCACCGUGGUUUUUCAAGGAGAAAUGCUAUUGAACCAACUACAGGUCAUUGGGGGUAAUAAGACCGGUGUGUUCGUGCAUCAUGUGACCGAAGGAUCAUCUGCUCAUACCAGUGGCAUCAGCUCUGGAACUCAGAUACUUCAGCUGAAGUAUGAGCAGGAGCAGAGAACUGUACAAAUGGUUCUGGAAGACACCACUAUGGAGGAGGCCCUGUGGGCCCUGGGGCAGGUCCAGGGACUUUGCCACAUUUCACUGAGACCCAGCCAAGAUGCCUAUGAGAAUCUUCUACAGCAGCUAAAAAAUGGAGAAGUGAUGUCGGGUGAUUCCUUCUAUGUCCGUGUUAAUAUGACGUUGUCGGGCGAUGUAGCAGGAACUCUGCCGGUCAAGUGUAACGACAUCGUCCAUGUUACAAAAACUCACCUUUCCAAUGGUGGUUUCUGGUGGGCCAGUCAUGUGCACCCUUCUCACCUGGAAGACCUUCAGAGUGGGGCUCUACCCAACUAUUACAGGUAA